GCGCCCCAUUCACCACCACCUACACCAUGACCAUCGCCACAGACCACCCGAUGACCGUCGAGAUGACGGACGCCGUAUCCUCACCCAAGGACGUAAUUGUGAACUCGUGCAAACCCAAGAAGAAGAAGAAGAAGAAGACCAAGAAGGCGGCACCCAGCACCGUUGGCUCCAAGCGGCCGCCAGUCCGCGGUAUCGAUGGCUUCACCGACAGCUACGUCCAGUAUGGUCAAACCGAACCGCCGACGAUCCCUGUCGCAACGCUUUUUUCGCCCGGGUCGUUUCCGCGCGGCGAGGAGCAGCCACACGGGGGCGACUUCAACACGUUUCGCACGACGUCCGAAGAGCUGCGUGCACUCGAGCGUGAAAACGAGGCGCUCUACGAUCAUCUACGGUACGCAGCCGAGACGCAGCGUCAAGUGCGCAAGUUUGCGCAAAGCAUGAUAGCACCUGGUAUCCGGCUCAUUGACCUUUGCGAGUCGCUUGAAAACAAAAACCGCGAGCUCGUCCAAGAAGCCGGCCUCGAGCGUGGCAUUGCGUUCCCAACGGGGUGCUCGCUCAACCACGUGGCAGCCCACUAUUCGCCCAACGGCGGCGAUAACACGGUCCUCAAGUACGGCGACGUGAUGAAGAUCGACUUUGGCACGCACGUCGACGGCCGCAUCAUCGACUCGGCGUUCACAAUUGCGUUUGACCCGCAGUUUGACCCGCUCCUUGCGGCUGCCAAGGCUGCUACCAACGCAGGUGUUCGCGCGGCCGGCAUCGACGCACGCCUCGGCGAGAUCGGCGGUGUUAUCCAAGAGGUUAUGGAGUCGUACGAGGUCACGAUCGAAGGCAAGACGUAUCCCGUCAAGUGCAUUCGCAACCUCAACGGCCACUCGAUCGCACCGUACCAAAUCCACGCGGGCAAGAGCGUGCCGGUAGUCAAAGACGACGAUGACACCAAGAUGGAGGAAGGCGAGAUCUUUGCGAUUGAAACCUUUGGCUCGACCGGCCGUGGCUACGUCGUCGAGGACAUGGAAUGUUCGCAUUACGCCAAGACGAUCGACGCUCCACGCGUGCCGCUGCGCCUGCCACGCGCGAAGAAGCUUCUCUCGCACAUUACGCGCACGUUUGGGACGCUGGCAUUUUGUCGGCGCUGGCUUGAGCGCGAAGACGGCGGGUCGGCGCACGUCAACCCCAAGGGCGCCAAGCAGGAAAAGUACAUGGUCGCGCUCAACCAUCUUGUCGACUGCGGCCUCGUGACGAAAUACCCGCCGCUUGUGGAUGUCCGUGGUAGCUACACGGCGCAGUACGAGCACACGUUCGUUCUCAAGCCGACGUGCAAGGAGGUGUUAUCGCGCGGCGACGACUAUUGAGCGUCUCAAUUCUAGCUUCAUAUCGUGCAUGGUCUAGACUCCAGGGAGCACUCCAUUCCUACACGUCCUUUUAACUGAAACACACUGAAAUGAAUAAUAGCAG